AUGAGGGAUGACGCACUUGAGUCACGAUUGGCUCACAUCGAAGCAAGGCUGGACCAGAUCGCCGCCGAGAAACCAUCCGGAAGUUCACCUCAUAAUGCGACAGCCUUGAACUUCCAGAACUUCCCCGAGAUCCGCGUGUAUAAAGCCUCAGACAUGUGGAACCAAGCUACAACAUUGCCUUGCCUUGGCAUUUCACCGCAGUUUCCAACAGGAGCCAUGCUGGCGCAAACAGGAAAGCUUGAGCUGCCACCUCUUCAAGAAGUCUUGGGCGUACUGGAGAGAUACUUCGAUAGCUAUGGCCGUUACAUGCCUCUGUUCGAAAAAGGAUCCUUCAUUGAAAUGACGGUCGACUGGUACUCUGAGGAUGGAAGAAAGGAGCUGAUCCCUUGGGCUGCUAUAAACCUUGUUCUCGCUAUGACUUAUCGCAUCAUGGAUGAUGUAGCGAUCGAGGAGCCAAAGCUGACUCAGUGUAUGAGCAACGUGCAGUCUGUCGCGACCGAGUUGAUGGCCUGGAGUGGUGGCAUUCUAGGCUUUCAGGUUCUACUUGGCAUGGUCAUACUAUUCCAGGGAACAACGAACCCGCAGCUCGCAAUAGUACUCAUCGGAAGUGCCAUCCGUCUUGCACAAAGUAUGGGACUUCCUUCAGCAAGAGCCUCCGACGAUCUCUAUGAAGCAGCACAACGCCGUCGAGUUUUCUGGAUAGCCUACAUCCUGGACAAGGACCUUGCCCUUCGCGCCAAAGCGCCCUACACCCAAUUCGAUGCUGAAACCGAUCUCGAGCUUCCGGAGCAGGGUGUAGAUGACGACAUGGGAAUAUUAGAGUCAUAUACAGGGACGACCAGGUUCAACUACUUACGUGCUCGGUCCGAGUUGGCCAUAAUCCAAGGCGAAGUCCACAACUUCCUUUACAGCAGGACAGCCCAGCGACUGUCACAAGAGCAGCGGAAAGAUACCAAGCUGCGAAUCGAACAAUUGCUCUCCAACUGGCGCAUCGCAUUACCGCAGGAGCUCCUACGGUCAGACAAGCUCUUCCAAGACUUCUCAACAAUCUCAUUUCACCUUGUGAUGAACAUGUAUAAUCGAUACCUCGAAUGCCUCUACAGGAUCCAUGGGACCUUUGCUUUUGAUGAGCCGUGGAUCAAUAGGGCACGGUGCUACAUUUCUCCCGCUGUGAUUCCGACUGGGGAUGAUGGCAUGGAUGGUAGGAUUGACCAGAAAGAGAUCAGUUCAUUGCCUAGUGCGUGGUCCGAUUGCGUCGCGCAUUCAAGGCUUGGCCUAGAAUUGUCGGCUUUCGGGAGAGAGACAGAGUAUUCUACCUGGCUUCAUGCUUGCUGCAAUCUUUCGGGACUGAUCGUUUUGCUGGUCAACAUCAUCGAGUUCCCCGACCAGCCGUCUGUCAUGUCGGAUUGGAGUUUGAUCGUGAGAAUCCGCAACAAAUUUGACCAAAUGAACGCCAAAGCAUCGAAAGAGCCAUUCUUUCUGCUCCAGACCAACAUGGCGGAAACUCAAGGAGCACGAAAGCGAUAUGCCGUUGUUGGCACCGGCGGCCGCUCAAGCUUCUUCUACUCGGCCAUCGCAACUGAAUACAGCAAAACAUCAUGCAUCGUAGCCCUUUGCGACACAAAUCAGACUCGAAUGAACUAUGCAAACUCAAAGCUGAAGUCACUCGGUCAUGGCGAGGUUCCGACAUAUCUCGCCAGCAACUUCGAUCAGAUGGUCAAAGAGUCCAAGCCCGACGAAGUCAUCAUCACAACCAUGGAUCGAACACACAAUAUCUACAUCGUCAGAGCUCUCGAAUUAGGGUGUAAUGUCAUUACUGAGAAGCCGAUGACCAUUGACGCCCCUAGAUGCAAGGAGAUCUUCUCAGCAGUCGAGAGAACCGGCCAGAAAGUUCGCGUCACCUUCAACUACAGAUACGCGCCUCACAACACCAAAGUCUUUGAGUUGCUGAGAUCUGGAGCCAUUGGGAAAGUCACAAGUGUCCAUUUUGAAUGGAUGCUCAACACCAGCCACGGAGCCGACUACUUCCGUCGUUGGCACAGAGACAAGCGCAACAGCGGCGGUCUUCUAGUCCACAAGUCAACCCAUCACUUCGACCUUGUCAACUUCUGGCUCCAGACCAGGCCUCAAACUGUAUUUGCUGCAGGCGACCUUGCCUUUUACGGCCGAGAGAACGCAGAGAAGCGCGGCGAAACCAAGUUUUACACCCGCGCCCAUGGGAGCGAAGUCGCAAAAACCGACCCUUUUGCCCUCCACCUCGAUGAGAAUCCCCAGUUGAAGGCUAUGUACCUGGAUGCUGAGCACGAAGAUGCUUACUACCGCGACCAGAGCGUCUUUGGUGACGGUAUCAGCAUCGAAGACACCAUGAACGUUCUCGUCAAGUACCGCAACGGGGCUAGUCUCUCAUACUCUCUUACAGCAUACGCACCAUGGGAGGGUUUCCGAGUUAGCUUCAACGGAACUGGCGGACGUCUUGAAGUUGAGGUCGUGGAGAAUAGCUACGUCAACUCUGGUGGUGAUCAGGCGCAUGAGGGAUCUCUGGAAAGCCGCAAGAUUCUGCUUCGACCUCUUUUCGAGAAACCAAGAGAGAUCAAGGUCGAAGAUGGUGUUGGUGCUCAUGGAGGUGGAGAUACAGUUUUGCUGAAUGAUUUGUUUGGAACGCCUGUGUCGGAUGAGUACAUGCGAGCAGCGAGCCAUAUUGAUGGUGCUGCUUCGAUACUUACUGGAAUCGCGGCUAACCGGUCUAUUGCUACGGGACAAGCGAUAAACGUAGAUGAUAUUUUGCUAGUUCCCAGUUCAUGA